CUGCUGCCUCCCCUCUGUCUCCCACUGUGGACAGUCUGCGUCCUCCUCCUGUCCCUCAGGGUUCUCCUCUUUGUCGCUGUGGACCUUAAUUAUCCGGGGAGCAUAUCUUAAAGCGGCCCAAUUAGCACGCGCUCAUUCCAAAACUCAUCAAACAUCACGCGCUUUUUUGUUUAUUUAUUUUUGUUCGUUGGAGGGAUGGAAUUACUGGUUGAAAACAGCCACAAUGUCUGAGAUAUUUCUCCAACUUUUGCAAUUCGGGCUGUCAAGAGACAAAAGGAGGCAAAACAAAGUGCCGUGGACGUGGACGCGCGUGUUAUUGUGGGUGCUUUUGAUGUGUAGUUGUGUGGAUGUUUCUCUAAGUGGUGUGGCAGGAUCCACGGCUGAACACGAAGGAUUUUGUCCAAACAAGCUGAACUCUAAUCUUUGGGUUGAUGCGCAAAGCACCUGCGAGAGGGAAUGCAGCGUCGAUGAGGACUGCGCAGAACAUGAGAAAUGCUGCACCAAUGUGUGUGGCCUCAAUAGCUGUGUUUCUGCACGUUUCUCUGAUGGCACCCCUGCUCAGCCGGGUGGGAAGGAAGGAGACAGUGGAGAUAAUUCCUCCAUUGCAACCUGUGAUGGUUUCAUCUGCAGCCAGCAGGGGGCGACCUGUGACAUCUGGGAUGGACAGCCCAUCUGUAAGUGCCAGGACCGCUGUGAGAAAGAGCCCUACUUUACCUGUGCGUCGGACGGCCUCACUUACUUCAACCGCUGCUACAUGGACGCAGAAGCCUGCAUCAGGGGAGUGACUUUGACUGUGAUCCCUUGCCGUUUCUACCUCGCUGGUCCACAUACGAGUCCUUUUCCUCUAGAUACAACAGUUUCUCCAACCCCCACAUCCUCCCAGGAGGACCCAAUGCCUCCAACGCUGUACUCUAACCCUCACCAUCAAUCCAUCUAUGUCGGAGGCACAGUUAGCUUUCACUGCAAUGUGAUCGGCGUUCCAAGGCCUGAUGUGACGUGGGAGAAGCAGAGCGAAAGGCGUGAGCGGCUAGUCAUGAGGCCAGACCAGAUGUAUGGGAAUGUAGUCAUAACCAACAUUGGACAGCUAGUGGUGUACAAUGCCCAGGUCUGGGACACCGGCCUAUACACAUGUAUCGCAAGGAACUCUGUCGGAGUUCUCCAAGCAGACUACCCGCUGUCUGUUAUCCGCCGAGCGGAUGAUUUUUCAGAGGAUCCUGAGUUGCCCAUGGGGCGACCGUUCUCUCCAGCAGACUGCCUGGCUGAGGUUGACACUAAAGUCUGCAGCGGGGAGCGUCACGUGGACUGGUAUUACGACAGCAAGCUGGGCUCCUGCAUGACCUUCAGCAGUGGCGGCUGCGACGACAGUCGUAAUCGUUUUGAGACGUACGAGGAAUGCAAGGCGUCCUGUCAGAGAGAGGGAAUGGGGAUCUGCUCCCUGCCAGCGGUUCAAGGUCCGUGCAAAAACUGGGAGGCCCGCUGGGCCUGGAAUUCCUUGAUGAAACAGUGCCAGCCGUUUGCUUACGGCGGAUGCCAGGGAAAUGCCAAUAGCUUUCGCACUAAAAAGGAAUGUGAGGCAAACUGUCCGCAGGCCAAACGGAAACCAUGCAGGACUUGUCGGAUGAGGGGGAAAAUGAUGCCCACCUUGUGCCGCAGCGACUUCGCCAUCGUUGGGCGGCUAAUGGAGCUCAUCGAGGACCUCGAUUCUGGUUUGGCUCGCUUUAGCCUGGACGAGGUACUGAGGGAUGAAAAGAUGGGCCUAACUUUCUUCAACACUAAAAACUUGGAGGUGACCAUCAUCAAGAUCGACUGGAGCUGUCCCUGUCCCAACAUCACCAUGGAGCACAACCCCUUGUUGGUGAUGGGUAUGGUGCAGGAUGGCAUGGCUAUCAUCCAGCCAGACAGCUACGUGAAAGCCAUAACUGAAAGAAGGCUCCGCAGGCUCAGGGAUGCCAUCAAUAAAAAAGCAUGUGAGAAAUUGUAGAGAAUGAUAGGACACAGUUGCAGAUAUUACAGUCUUCAAGAAUAUAAGUGACUACACAAUAUUAUUUAAAGUAAGAGAUCAGAUGUAGGUAGUCCAAGAGAGUUUUUAUUACAUUCAGGAUAUUGUGAGCUAUUUAUGCAGAGUUAUAAUGCUAUUUUAAACAUUACAUUGAUUACAAAUAAAAAAAGAUAUGCUGAUUAAAAUCAAUUCUGUAACAUCCGGAUUAGGACCCUUCCAUAUCAGCGGUAGUCUGUUUAUGUUAUGUGCUCUUAAAAACAUUUUUGAGUGUAUUGCUCGUAUAGUCACAUCUUUUGUUGUGUGAUGUACAUUUUCUAAUAUGUACUUCUAAAUAGCACUUAUGCUUAGUAACUAAUAUAACAGCUAAGUCUUAGGGUAGAAACAGUACAUAUUGAUGUAAGGGUUUAACUGUGCAAUACAUGAUAGUAGUUUGCCGUAAAUAAUACCAGAUUAAAUAAAUGAGUGUCAAGUUGUUAUGAUCCCAUGUGUUUGUUAUGCAGGCAACAUAUGUUAUUCAGGCAACAAUUAGAUGAUUUAAGUAGAAGUUAAGGUGUUUAGACCGCCCUGCUUCUUAGAAGGAUCACCUGGACAGCUCACACCAAACUCUCUUUUCUGAACAGGAGACAUUUAUUGUUUGCUGGCAUUUCCACCUAAAAACAAAA